AUGAGUUUCUUCAGUUUUGGCCAAAGUGCAGAAAUUGAUGUAGUUCUGACUGAUGCUGAGACGAGAAAGAAGGCUGAACAUAAGACUGAAGAUGGGAAGAAGGACAAAUAUUUCCUAUUUUAUGACGGGGAGACUGUGGCUGGAAAGGUCAACGUUACACUGAAGAACCCUGGGAAAAGACUGGAACAUCAAGGGAUAAAAAUCGAAUUUGUAGGCCAGAUUGGUGAGUAUUCAUCUUAGUUUAAUGCAGAGACAUCUAUUCCAAAUGAAUCAUAAUAAAUGCAAUGGCCCCUUUUAUGUUGGACUUUUUGAUCAACAACAGUGUCAUAUGGGCCAAUAGGCCUAGAUGCAUUAUUCUAUGAGGGAGUGAUUCUGUUGCGAUGUGUGUUUCUUUGAAUAUCUGAAGUGUAUACCUGUCCUUCCUUCACAGAGCUGUACUACGACAGAGGAAACCAUCAUGAGUUUGUCUCCCUGGUGAAAGAUCUGGCUAGGCCUGGUGAGCUUACUCAGUCACAGACCUUCGACUUUGAGUUCACCCAUGUUGAGAAGCCCUAUGAGACCUACACAGGCCAGAAUGUGAAGCUACGGUAAGGAAACAUUCAGCCUGAACAUUCUCUGCCAAAAUAACUAUUACUUUAUGUCUCACUCUUUAACCCAAGUUCACCUUUGACCUGUUGGUCACAUGCCUAGCACUACUUCCUCAUCAAGAGAAAUGUUUGGGUGCUUCACAUGCUCAAUGUCUUGCAUUACACACACACAAAUCAUAAUUACUGGUUGUGAUAAUGACCAUCUUCUUUUAUAGCCUCAGAAUGCAAUGAGGAUAUGUUGUUGGAUGACAUCUGUUGAGAUUACAGCAGGUUUGCUCAGUGUCUGUUGGUUGUACUUGCAGGUAUUUUCUGCGUGCCACAGUGAGCAGGAGACUGAAUGACAUCAGUAAAGAGAUGGAUAUCGUGGUGCACACACUCAGCACGUACCCAGAGCUCAACUCGUCAAUAAAAAUGGAAGUUGGGAUCGAAGACUGUCUCCACAUUGAGUUUGAGUACAACAAAUCCAAGUAAGGCUGAAAGAGAUUAUUUUUUCAACACCCUCAGUCACCUAAAUGUUUUACUCAAUUUAUAAAAUAACAAAAUGCCACCACUCCUAGUUACAGGAACAUGCAGAAACCAUUGUAGCUUAGAACCUUUCCUUUGACUAUGUAUUGUCUAUGUGGCAUAGCAGCCCUGUGACGAUCUCUCCUGUCUUCUACAGGUACCACCUGAAAGACGUCAUUGUGGGUAAGAUCUACUUCCUGCUGGUGCGGAUUAAGAUCAAGCACAUGGAAAUUGACAUCAUCAAACGGGAGACAACUGGCACCGGUCCUAGUGUAUACCACGAAAAUGACACCAUCGCCAAAUAUGAGAUCAUGGAUGGGGCUCCUGUUCGGGGUAAAGGAUAUAGUGAAGUGGAUUGUAUGCUUUUGAAAAUGGCAAUGCUCAAACUACACAUCAGGUCUGACUGAGUGUUUUUAUUAUGUUUAAGGAGAGUCAAUUCCAAUCCGGUUGUUUCUGGCUGGCUAUGAGAUGACCCCCACAAUGCGAGACAUCAAUAAGAAGUUCUCUGUGCGUUACUACCUUAAUCUGGUGCUGAUUGAUGAGGAGGAAAGACGCUACUUCAAACAGCAGGUAUGGAACAGGGGCUUCUGAUGGGUAACUGUUAGCAGUGAUCCCAGAUAAAUUGUGUGCCCUUAGAGGGAAUUUAUCAGGUGUCAGGUUCAACAUGGUGUAUCCACUGUGCUGCACCUUAUAUAUUGCAUUCCUAUCUAGCAUUAAAUGUGUCCCUAUGGAAAUGCUUUAGUGAUUUAAGACAAUGAGCUCAAGACCACUUCCUUCUUCUCCAGGAAAUCACACUGUGGAGGAAAGGGGAUGUGGUGAGAAAGAGCAUGUCGACCCAGGCCACCAUCGGAGCCCAGCGGUUCGAGGGCUCAGCCAGUUCGGAGAGUGCUCUGGAGAAGGCGGCGAGGGAGGACAGCGGCUAA